AGUACGGAGUUUAGAUCCAGUGCUCUUCUGGACUGAUGCAGGAGUAAAGACGGCAACCAGUCGUGAAUGUUAAACACAUAGAAGCCGACUUAUAAGUUUAAAAAAUCUUGCGAGUAAAUGGGAUUCAACGUCUUCCGAACAGAAUGUAAAGAAUUCCUUGAAGGAUGUGGGGAAUUAAAGGCUCGUGCGCUGCGGUGUUAUUGUUGUUUUUGGCUUAUAUUUCCGUGUCCUCGGUUAAUGCCGACAGUUUAUCUGCUCCGCUCAAUGUGACCAUCAAAGCACUGGAGGGGAACUCAGCGAUAGUGACAUGGGACAUUCUGGAGGGAGACCCAGUCAUUGGGUUUGCCAUCACCCAGCAGAAAAAGGAUGUUCGUAUGCUGCGAUUCAUCCAGGAAGUGAACACCACCACUCGUUCAUGUGCAUUGUGGGACUUGGAGGAGGACACAGAAUACAUUGUCCAUGUGCAGUCCAUUAGCAUGAGCGGCACCAGCCCCCUGAGUGAACCUGUUCUGUUCCGCACUCCCAAAGAGUCAGAGAAACUGGCCUCCAAAAGCCCAGAUGAAGUGACCAUGGAGGAGGUUGGCCAGGCCGCCCAGCUCAGGGCUGGAGAGCUCAUUAUCAUUGUGGUGGUUCUCGUCAUGUGGGCAGGUGUGAUAGCUCUGUUCUGCCGCCAGUACGACAUCAUCAAAGACAAUGAGCCCAACAAUAACAAGGACAAAGCCAAGACCUCGUCAGAGUGCAGUACCCCAGAGCACACUACGGGGGGACUACUUCGCAGCAAGGUCUAAUUACACCUUCCCCUGUCGGCAAUAAUAGGCUUUAGCCUCAGGACAGUGCUCUGAGACAAAACAAGUAAGCCAUCAAAUCACAAAAGUUGUGAAGCCCACCUCUCAUCCUCAAUCAAAUGAACUUUUAGUAUUCCCAUCGACCAACAUGAACUCUUUGGUGCUUGUCUGUUUGGCACACUGACACAAACUUGAGGACGGAAUGGACAAGAUGGUUCCAGAACUGGAAGCUUGAGCCGUUUGAAGCGAGUUGUUGAGAUUCGAUCCACAGCUGCCUCAGCUGAAGGACUCAUACCCCGCCAUGAGCUGGAAAACCAGAGACGCCGGGCCACCAGGAGUGUCUUUGGCUCCUGUGUAGACUCACUGAGAUAAGGAGAAACCUGCCACCCUGCAUAAACCUGAAAUAAACCAGGAAGGUGCGUUGUGAAAAAGAAGCAAGAGCGUUUUUCCGAGCUCACCGCCAUUAUCAGCUCCGAACCAGGAUCAGGUCUCUGACAGGGCUGACAUUAAGAUAUUACACUUCAAUAUCGCGCCAUACUUGUCGCUAUCUUGUGUAUUCGGUUCCUUUAUUUUCACACUUUCGAUUUCUUUACGCCAUUAUCCUCCCUCCAGCAGCCAAUCACGGAGUCUAGAUAAUUUGAUGUGGUUUAAUUGGUGUGGUGGGAUCUUUCUUCUCAGCACUUUCGCUCUCAGGGCAUUCAGGAAAACAUCCACAGGAAAAACGAUGGACCACACUGGCCGUGUCGCAUGACCUGUGGCCCAAUCACAGCAAACUACACAUCAGCCAUUGAUGAUGAAGAGCUCCAUAUUAUAGUAGUGAUAGAAAACGUAUUUAACCUCUUGUGUGUCGAGUAAAUCAACAGCUUGCCGUCUCUAAUGAGCACAUUACUGUACAGUGAUGGUUAUUUUGGUCCUCAUAUUACAUUCAUUAGCAUAUUGGUCACAACUUUGGCUAUUUACCGCUUUUAUGUGCCGCUAUGAUAUAGAGUUGGGUGCCUUUUUUCUACAGGCUUUUCUUUUAGAUUUCUUUCCCUUUAAACGGUUCAGGCUUAAAGUUGACAUGAAAUCAAAACUGACCCUAUAUUUACUUUCAUGCUACACCUUCCUAGUCUUAUUGGGAUUGAUUGGUCUGUUAUCACAAAGUUAAAAAUCUGUUUUGCAAUCCAUUAAAUUCUUGAUUGAUAAUUCCAUCUUUUUUUUUCCUUACUGGUUCAAUAUCAUCUUUAAAGGUAGGGUAGGCAAUUUCGGAGAGACUAUAGCAAUAGUAAGCUAUCUUUGAAAGCAUAAGAUCCCACCCUCCCUGCAUAAUCACUCUCCAAAGCCACGCCUCCUCCAAAAACACCUGAACGCACACAGGCAGAGCAUAGGCUAACCAGCGACACGAUGAGAGACGGCGUUGAUGGAGAGUUGAAUGCAAUGUUGUCAGAUUACCUCAUGUCUCAUUCACCGAUGAGAAAACAGUACAGUACAAAGCACAUGAUAUUACAAUAACAACACAGUCCAUUCUCGCUCGGUCUGCAAUAGAGUAAUG